CGUUAAUGCCUGCCUAGGUCCUGGGCUGCAGCGAGGGGCGUCGGUUCCUUCGCCCAGCUCCCGUUACGAGGAAGAGGGAGAGUGGGGGUCGUGCCGUGCCGGGUUGUGCGGGCAGCGAGGCCGGUCCGAGGAUGAGACGCGCCCGGAGGUUGGUCCAUCUGGUCGUCUUCUGCCCCUUCUCUAGGGCUCUGCAGAAGCGCCUCCCUGGUGUCAAAGUGAAGUACCUGUUCUUGAUGUGGUUAGGAAUCCUACUUGGCAGCUGGGUGCUUUAUAUGCACUACUCCUCCUAUUCAGAAUUGUGCCGAGGUCAUAUCUGCCAAAUGAUCAUUUGUGAUCGUUAUAAGAAAGGAAUUAUUUCUGGAUCUGCAUGCAAGGAUCUGUGUGAAGAAAACAAGUUGCUGUUUCAACAAUGCCUGUCAUCAAACCCCGUGAAUCAGGUUUAUAGUGGUAUAUGGAGAGGGAAGGAAGUCAUUAUUAAGUGUGGUAUAGAAGAUGCCUUCAGAGCGGACCUAAACCCAGAGACUCUGCCUCGGAGAGAUGUUGUGCUGUUCGACAAACCGACUAGGGGUACCUCAAUGGAGGAGUUCAAGGAGAUGCUGCUAACAUUCCUAAAGGCUAGUCUUGGAGAUCAACAAUCACUUGGAAACCUUGUUACCAGAAUAAUCAGCAUGGCUGAUAUUAACCAGGACAAGAAGGUGUCAUUAGCAGAAGCAAAGUCUAUCUGGGCUUUGCUUCAGCUCAAUGAGUUUUUAUUGAUAGUUUCUCUGCAUGAGAAAGAACACACAGCACAGUUGCUGGGCUUCUGUGGAGAUUUGUACAUCACUGAGAAGAUCCCCUACCACUCCCUCUACAGCAUCAAGGUGCCACAUUUCCUUGAGGCAGUUUUACCCUCAGUGUUGCAGAAGAGCCUGAACCAAUGGUUUGCUCCUGCAUGGCCCAGGCGAGCAGAAAUCACCAUUGGACUCCUAGAAUUUGUGGAGGAGAUUUUUCACGGCACUUACGGUAGUUUUUAUAUCUGCGACACUGACCCAGGUAACAUCGGCUACAAUGAGAAAUAUGAUUUUAAAAUGGUUAACCUCAGGAAGGUGGUAACAGAGAUGACUCUUAAAGAUUUCUAUAAAGGGCGUCAUUGUGAACACAACACAGACUGCACACAUGGAAAGGACUGCAUAGCAACUUGUGACAAACUCUUGAAGCAAUGCAAUACUGAACUGAUACAGCCAAAUCUGGCCAAAAUUUGUGGUUUACUUCAGGAAUAUCUGCUAUAUGGGGCACCCACUGAUUUCAGGGAUGAACUACAAAAACAUUUACAAACCUGCAUGACUCUGAAUGGCCUAGCAAGCCAGAUGGAGGUACAUCAUUCACUGCUGUUGAACAACAUCAAAACGCUACUGUGGAAAAAGAUCUCUAACACCAAAUAUUCUUAAAGGGUCAGAGAUUCUCUAAGCAUUGUAUUUGGGGUCUGUAACAUCAUUUAUAAGUUAGUAUUAUCUGUGUCAACAACUUCGUAAAAUUCUAGGCAAGUAGCUGUAGAUCCUAAUAAGACAAUUUAAAAUAACCUUUACAUUGUCAGACUUUAAAUCUGUUGUAGUGUGAGGGAUGAAAAUGAUAUUAAAGAUGAAAUAUAGCGGUUGGAGAACAAGAAACAUUCAUUUAUUUGUGGGUUUUUGCUAAUUGUUAGGGAAUUGUUCCACUGGUUACAGUCUCAAUCUUGUGAGUAUAACUUUUAUCAACAGAAUGAGAUUUAUUAGUAGUAACUUUCAACCUGCCAUCUCCUUUAACCCAUGAUGAAUGUCACAAAUUGAGUAUGUCAGUAUGCUAAUAACUCCUCCGAAAAGUUGCAAUUCAAAUAUUUACCUUCUACAGAUACAAGAGACUACUGCUGUUAGGAUCUGAAGCAACAAUCUGCUGCAGCAAUUCAGUAUGUCAAGCAACAUCAGUGUAGGGAGAGGAAUUGAUGCAGGGUUUCAAGCCAAAACACCAACAAUUCCAUUCACCUUUCUGCACAAUGACACUAAUAUCUCCAAACCUUUUAAGUCCUCAACUUCGCUUCUGAUCUUGCUAUCACCAGAGCCUUCAUAACUCCCUCACUAGCUCUAAGCAACAUCUUCUACACACCACACCCAACUUUUCUUCAUAGAAGCUUCAUUCAUUCUCCCAAUCUCCCCUGUACCAUAUGGUCUUGUAUUUAGGUAGUGAGGAAGAGGUGCUACUUUGAACUCCCUAGUUAGUCUGUUCCAAACCUUUGCCACCAAUUGAAAUGGGUGCAUUGAAACUCUCAACUUCAUUGUUUAAUGUUUGAUCCAAGUCCAUAUACUGUAGGGUGUGAUGUUGAAUAAUACACCUUCAAAAUCUUAUAUAGAUGGUUUGGAGGGAAAUAUGAACAUGUAGCACAGUUCCCAUUUUAUCCAUCAAUCCCCCUUUACUUGUGAAUGAUUCCAGCAGAUCAUGCAAGCUUUUCUCAGAAUUCCUUAAAAGGAUUUUGUCUGCAUAUUCUAGUAACUUUCUCCCAACUCUAUAUUUCCAUUACCAUGACUUAACUCUAGAGCGUCAAGAGAAACAGUUUCUGCACACCACUGUUGGAUACUCAGUAGUGGAUCAUGUGCAGUUGGUGAGCUACUGCUAAUCCAUCUAAGCUUCACUCAUCCCUGCUUCCAUCAAUUAAUAACUUCAAGCUUUACUUUAACAUCCUUCAUCCCAGGUGAUCCUGAAGACAUGCACAUUCCUCUGCCAGGAUGUAUCUGGUGAUGGUAUAACAGAUCAAUGUCAGGAGUGCACUCUUCACCAAACUGCAGAACUUUAUAUCACAACCUACAGCAAAUAUUCUUUAGAUAUUUUAGUAUUUAGUUUCGCAUUUGGGGGGGGGGGAAUUAUUCAAAUUCCUGUUUUGACCUCUUCAAGAAAAAGACCAAGAAAACCCCAAAUCUUUUCAGGCCAAAAGGAGACAUUAUUAGGCAAGGCUGACAGGGAGUUGCGCCCAUUCCAUCUCUUAUCACUCUUCUAAAGAUCCAUGCAGUCCGUAUAAAAACUAUUGAUUAGUGUAAACUUAUAUUUAGCAAUACCAUAAGCUUUUCUAGCUUCUACAAGGCACAUGUCAGAGUAUGAUGGAAUACCAUCCACUUGCUUGGAUGAUUGAAGUAUCAAGAAAUUUAUCCAGGAUGAAGUUGCCACUUGACUGACAUACCAUAUUUCAUCUUCAAAAUUCAGUCUCUCCACCAUAGCAUAUGUACAUUGCAGUGUGUACCGGCCACAAAGUAUACUGCUGUAGUUCACAACUUCAACAUUUUCCCCAAAAAUACUUACACCACCUGCAAGGACAAUUUGCACAUGGGAAUGCCACUACCUGCAAGUUCUUAUUCAUAUGACCCAUUAUUUUGCCAGAAAUAUGUCGUCGUUACUUCAGCAUGAUUGAGUCUACAUUCUACGAUUCCCUACCUAAUGACAUUAGGAGUACCGUCGCCAGGUGGUCUAUAACUGUUCAAAGUGAUUCACCAGCACCUUCUCAGAGAUAAUCAAUGAUGGGGAAAAAACAACUGCUAUGCCAAGAAUGCCUUGUAAAUAAAUAAAUACCAAACGAAAAUAGGUGGAUCUUUGUGUUAAUGUAUGUUUACUGUUUUCUCAGUUUGAUGGUGUCAUUUUAAUAUGCUUCAUCACUAAACUGCCCUCCUCCCUAUUUAUCACAAUGUUUCAGAGACCAGCCCUUAAAGUAAACUCAAGACAGUGUCCCAGGUGUCCUCAGAUAUAAAAGUUGUAUUCCCUGUCAUGAUGUUUGGGUGGGGGAACCCGCCAUAACAAGUCAAACGUCUCAUUACCUAGAAAGUGAGCACUCCAAACCAAAAUGUUUUGUUGCAUUUUAGUCCUAUUUAGGUCAAACAAAGUUUAAAGCAGCAAAAUGAAUCACGGAAGGCUCAAAGAGCUACAUAGUUUAAUUAUUAUUCCUUUACUUCCUAUGGGACCCAAAUCAUUUCCCCAUUUCUUCGUACACAAGAUGGUGGGAUUUAAGACUUAGAGCAAAAGCUCUUGGACACUGGCUUUGAGCAAAACUAAAAAGUUGCAAACUAUGUGAAACCAGGUACCCACAAUGAAAUCUGUUGAUCAAGCAUGUCUGGGGAAAUCCUUGUGGACGUGGGAAACAGAACCCACACCCCAACUCAACAUCUUUUAAGAAACUGCUGCCCUUCUUGAUUUAGUUCAAAGGUAGCUAGAAGAACCACUGCCUCACAUCACCGGAGAUGCACAUUCAAUCAUGAUCUCUGCCAAUUGCACACGGAUAGUACAUACUCUGUUCGACCACGAGCUCCUUUUGGAUGCCCCAGGUUUUAAUCACAUCUCAAAAAUGUGCAAGUUAGUAGAGUAAAUGUUCACUUUAAAUUGUCUCCAAAGCACAAAACACUAUGCAAAAGUUUUAGAGACCCUAGAUUGUUUUAUAUGGUUUUAGAUAGUAUGGCUUCAACAACCCCGAUCUCAGCCUCAUCAAGGCUGGUUGGAAUUACUUGGAGAGAUUGAUGGAAGUGUACAGGAAUUGGGAUGUUAUGUUGAAGUUGUACAAGAUACUGGUGAGGCGAAUUUGGAGUAUUUUGUGCAGUUUUGAUCAUCCAUUAAAGGUUGAAAGAGUACAAGGAAAAUUUACAAGGAUGUUGCCAGG